AUGAAAGUAAAAGCUGAUCGUGACGAAGCUUCACCUUACGCUGCUAUGUUGGCUGCACAGGAUGUGGCUGAAAAAUGCAAGACUCUUGGAAUCACUGCUCUGCACAUAAAACUGAGAGCCACCGGUGGUAACAAGACGAAAACACCAGGACCAGGUGCCCAGUCGGCUCUCCGUGCCCUUGCACGUUCCAGCAUGAAGAUUGGCCGCAUUGAGGAUGUGACUCCAGUGCCAUCCGACUCUACGCGCAGGAAGGGUGGACGCAGAGGGCGCAGGCUG